AAUACUUUCCGACAGGCCGGGCUAAAUAAAGAAAUCAAUAAGCUGCUGAAAUGUUAGAGAGAGUGGGACGAGAGGAGGAGGGGUCCGUUUGCUCUUGUGAUGAAGGUUUUCUGUUGGUCAAAUCUGCGGGACAAGCUGGUGCUUAGAUUGGAUAUUUCAAAUCAAAAUAUUUGAUAUUUAGAUUUGGGGUUAGGUGUGAACUGUGACCUUUGACCCUGCAGGAUGAGUAAUGUGGAGAUACCGGCUGGUUUGAAGGAGCUGCUGCAGGGAUACACGGUGGAGGUGCUUCGCCGCAAGCCAAAAGACUUGGUUGAAUUUGCCGUGCAGCAUUUUACACAAAUUCUGGAAAGCCAAAAUAAAGACCAAAAGGUCAGGAAAUCCAGCUUCAAAUCUUCACGGAAAGGAGUGACCUUUGAAACAAAGUCAAAUAAGCCCAAAAAGGAAGAGGAGGAGGAGGAGGAGGAAGAACCUUGCACCACCGGUAAAUACAAUCGCAGAGUUUCAGUUUGUGCAGAGGCGUAUAACCCCGAUGACGACGACGACGAUGACACAGAAGUCCGUGUUGUGCAUCCAAAAACAGACGAACAGCGUCGCAGACUUCAGGAUGCCUGUAAAGACAUUUUACUGUUUAAAACACUGGAGCAGGAGCAGUUCUCUGAGGUUUUGGACGGCAUGUUUGAGGUGUUUGUCAAACCUCAAGAGCACAUCAUAGACCAAGGAGACGACGGAGACAAUUUCUAUGUCAUAGAGAACGGUGUGUAUGAUAUUGUUGUGCAGAAGGAUGGAGAGAGUAUUUGUGUUGGAAAGUAUGACAAUAAGGGCAGUUUUGGUGAGCUGGCUCUCAUGUACAACACGCCGCGAGCCGCCACAAUCAUUGCAACACAGGAUGGCGCCCUGUGGGGCCUGGAUCGAGCCACAUUUCACAGACUGAUUGUUAGAAAUAAUGCGAAGAAGAGGAGGAUGUAUGAGGCCUUCAUCGAGUGCGUUCCUCUUCUGAAGUCUCUUGAGCUCUCUGAGAGGAUGAAGAUCGUAGAUGUUUUGGGAGCACGAGCGUUCAAAGAUGGAGAACGCCUAAUAACGCAGGGGGACGAGGCCGACUGUUUCUUCAUUGUGGAAUCAGGAGAGGUGAAGAUAAUGAUAAAAAGCAAAACGAAGGCGGGCCAGCAGGAUAACACAGAGGUUGAGGUGGCUCGCUGUUCUCGAGGGCAGUAUUUUGGGGAGCUGGCGCUAGUCACCAACAAACCUCGAGCAGCAUCAGUUUACGCUGUGGGAGAAACCAAAUGUUUAGUAAUUGACAUCCGGGCUUUUGAGCGUUUGCUGGGACCCUGUAUGGACAUCAUGAAGAGGAACAUUUCCCAGUAUGAAGACCAGCUGGUGGCCCUUUUUGGCUCCAGUGUAGAUUUGAAACACUAGGACACAGUAGAUGGAAGAUAAAGUGUUUCAGUACAUAGUGAAUUUCCCCCUUGAGCUACGUGUAACAUACAGCCCUCUGUUUUAUAUUCAGUAACAUGUUCUGUACUCCUUUAAUACUGUCAGACUCAUCUCUGGUUCUGCUGCGAUACUUUUGACAUUUCUUUUUAAAACUGACCAUUUUUUCUUCUAAGUCCAUGCUUUCAUCUCACCUAUUUAUACAUUACCCAUAAUGCAACUUAACCAACAGUUCAGUUGGCGAUUUAGGUGUGUUAUGCUUGUAGCAGCUUAUGUAUCCUCCAGCAGAGGCUACAGACUUCUGGUGAGAUAACUUAAAACUCCACACAGACCGGUUUCUAUCAUUUUCAAAGUCUUACAGACCAAACCAAUGCCGACUCAUGUGACAUCACUUGAGGCAUUUUUUUAAAAAUCUAGUUUUAUGCAGCUCCCUCUGGAGACACAAAUAGAUUAACCUUUUCACAUGUGCAGUAGUACUCCCUGAGACCUGUAAACAGACUUAAAUGUCUAAAGAGAAUUAAUGUGAAUUUUUUGACCAUUGCUGUGCUGGUCAAUCACCUCUUGAUUUUUUAUUUAUUGAAAGUGUUAUACCAUUCUACAUUUGCACUCAGUUAAUUGCUAAUCCCUUUUUGUUUACUUAAACCUUUGUUGUAUGGUAUAAAAUGUUGUGCCACAUUUCCACUGCAUGGUUUGGUUCAACUUAACUGUGAUUUAGCAACUCACUUUUGGUACAACUUUGGUCACUUUUGAAGGUAGUUCAGGAUGUCCCAUGUCAUGGUAAAGACUAUACUUUCGGACCAGACAGUGGUUUUAACUUGUUUCUAGUAUUGGCUCAACACUCUUGGAACCUUUACUGAGUAAGUCCCAGGUACUUUCCACAACUUCUAGCAUAAAGCCACGUUUAGCCAUGCUGUACCAUGCAGUG